UCGUGCCUCCUCGCGUCUUGGACCUAUGCGGCUCCAGAGAUAGCAGAGGCGGACUGGCUGUGCCCGGUUCGUAGCCACACAUAGACGUCCGUUUUCUUUUAAUACAUUUCUUUUUUUUUUUUUUACAGCACAUUGAUCGGACGUUUCUUUCCCUACAUGCGCCUGCAACCGGAAUAAUAAAUAAUUGAGGAAUGUGGAGAAUACAGAAUGCCCAACAGCGCUGGAAAAAGAUUUAAACCCACCAAAUACAUCCCGGUGUCCACUGCUGCCACACUCCUGGUGGGAUCCACCACUUUAUUCUUCGUUUUCACGUGCCCCUGGUUGACGAAGGUCAUCUCUCCAGCUGUGCCUCUCUACAAUGGCCUUGUCUUCCUCUUCGUCUUGGCCAACUUCAGCAUGGCAACCUUCAUGGACCCGGGGAUUUACCCCAGAGCUGACGAGGAUGAGGACAAGGACGAUGAUUUCCGAGCACCGCUUUACAAAAACGUGGAGAUCAAAGGCAUCCAGGUCCGGAUGAAGUGGUGUGCCACCUGCCACUUCUACAGGCCGCCUCGCUGCUCCCACUGCAGUGUGUGUGACAACUGUGUGGAGGACUUCGACCAUCACUGUCCCUGGGUGAACAACUGCAUCGGACGGAGGAACUACCGUUACUUCUUCCUCUUCCUGCUGUCAUUAAGUGUUCAUAUGGUUGGAGUUUUCUCCUUUGGCCUGAUCUUUGUCCUCCAUCACAAAGAAAAACUGGGAGGACUGCACACCAUCGUCACCCUGGUGGUGAUGGGCAUAGCAGGGCUGUUCUUUAUUCCAGUUAUGGGCCUCACAGGAUUUCACAUGGUGCUUGUAGCUCGAGGGCGAACAACCAACGAGCAGGUGACGGGCAAGUUUCGAGGAGGAGUAAAUCCUUUCACCAAGGGUUGCUGUGGCAACGUGGAGUAUGUCUUAUGUAGUCCCCUGGCACCCAGAUACGUUCUGGACCCCCGGACAAAGCCCCACAUCAAAAUCCAGGCCCCCUUCAUCAGACCAGACCUGUCAGACAAGCAGAUCACCAUCAAAGUCAGCGACAACGGGAUCCACAGCACGAUCAUCAACUCCAAGUCCAAAGGCAGCAUUGAUGGUCUGGACAGCAAAGAGAGCCAGCCACCGCUGCCGCCCAAAGCUGAACGGUACAACCAGUUGAAGAGCCAGCUGACUUCCAGUGAAGAAAGUUCUCUUUCUGGAAAAACCCACUCGUCCACUCCAGCCAUGUACAAGUUCAUACCGUCCUUUGGCACCAUGCCUAAAGUCCACUACCAUACUGCAGGGGAUAAGAUUGUUAUGUCAGAUGACCGAAAGAACUCAGCCAUUUUGGAAGAAGGUGUGCGGGGUCAUGACUACCGAUCUGAGCCCAACCUGGACCUACCUGAGUAUGCCAACGCUCCGCUGCAUCGCACCUUCCAGUCCUCACCUCAUCAGCUGGACUCUGAUCCCGUCAACUCCCGCUCUCUCAGCCUGAAGCAAGGUCCCCGUCGUCCGGGGAAGGGUCAGCUUCAGGCGCUGCCUCCGCAGACAGUUGCGUCCACCCCAUACAAGGGGGUGUUUUCUCCAAACACACACUCCAACCGUAAUGGCAGUCUGUCUUAUGAUAGCCUGCUCAAUCCCUCCAUCUCUCCAGCCAGUGCCAAUGAGUGCAUAGCCCACCGUGGUGUGCCCUCAAUGGGAUUCCAUUCACCCUACCUGCCCACCAAAAUGUGCCACAUCCGGGAGACUGAAGUCCAUAGACAACAAAUUGCUCAAACCUACAGUCCAGUGAUGCCCCCCAGGGGGGUAGGCAGACAAUCUCCUCACUUCAGGGACAGAGAGCCAUCUCCAGUGCGCUACGAUAACCUUUCCCAGACCAUCAUGGCCUCGAUCCAGGAGCGAAAAGAGAUGGAGGAGCGGGAGAAGCGGCAAAUGCUGCAUGGGCGCUCCCAUACCCAUAUCUAUGCCCAGGACUCUGGCAUGUUUGAUGGGGGAUAUGGUCUACCCAAUAAUGCUUGCUUCUCAGAUGGGCCUCGUGGCCCUGGCUCGAGGGGCCCGACACCUCCUGCCUAUGGAGGCUCUAGGGACAACCUAAUAGGGGUUGGGCUGGUAAGUUAUGGCCAAAGAACCCCUGUGUUGCGCCAUGCUGGUUCCACUCUGGGUCGCGCCCCUCGGACUUCAUCCACGUCACUGCACACUGAUCAUAGCAGUACCAACAGUUCCCAGAGCAGGGCCCCAGGUCACGAGGGGCCUUAUCGCUCCCCAGCCCACCAGCCCCACUCCCCCGCUGUGGCCCGAUCCCCCUCCUACUCCCACCAGAAACUCUCCUACAUCAGUGCUCAUGAGAGGACAGACUCACCCCGGCUAGGGGGCCCAAGAGAGGCCAUGAAAGUUAAUGGGCAGAUGGACUGCCACCUGAACACCCAGGGUGUCCCCCUCAGCCCCGGUCGCCACAAUAACGUCAAAAAGGUGACGGGUGUAGGAGGCACCACGUAUGAAAUAUCCGUGUGAGCAAGGCCAACACCUCUGCCUCUAACCACACCACCCUGCUAUUUUUAAAUACUGGGCAAUGAGGGGUGUUAGUGUUUGUUGUUUUGAGUUUUCAGUAUGGUCAGAGAAUUCGACUGCUCCUGCCCGUGUGUGUCUGUCCAGCUGGUGUUAAUCGGUACUGUGGAAGUUGUCGAUCUGCGCCACAAACUGUGCUGUGUGUUGCUUGUCCUACAAGGCCGCCAGCCUUUGUCGCAAUGUCUUGAACAAACAUCGCUCCAGUAAAGACUGAGAAGUGAACAGAUCAACUGAAUACUGACACCCUCGUCUACAGGAAGUCCUCCCUGAUUUAAAAAGAAUUCAAGGUGCUCCACUUUAACUUGAACUGUUCGUGUCUUUGGUAUGUUUGAUGUACGGCUUUGAGAAUGCGUUGAAAGACUGGAAACCUCAGAAGUGAGAAAAGAAACUGAAAAGUGAGAAUUUAGUCAAGUCUGGUGGUUGCAUUCCAAAUUCAAUGAGAAAUACUAGCUUUUUAUCGAAGAGAGAAGCCAACUAUGUUUAAAUAUAUUUGUAGGAAUAUAUUUUUCUCAGGAAUUAAUGCAACCAGCGGAUAUGCUAGUUGACAUGAAUUCAUAUAUUUUGAAUGUGUCCUUUGUUGAUGUUCAGUGCAGAUUUUUUAGGGCUUGAAUAUACCCCACCCCCCCUCAGAGGGUGGCGUUGAACCAUGAGCCUUUGUUUUCAACCUGCAGUCCAAGAGACGGACCGAUAAGACUGGCAUUCUGAAGAGACCAGAAUACCUCAUCCUGGUAUUUCUCCAGACCGAAUCCACCUUCGCACAGCCCCCAAACCCCCCGUUUAAGGUUCAUGAAGGAAAAAAGGAACAUACUUUUUUUUUGCUUUAUCAAACAGAAAAGAAUGAGAACUCUAAUUUCUUAUGUAGUAAAAAGAAAAAGUAGUUAUAUUUUAUCCCCCAGCUUGAAAUGGAGUUAUAUUAAAGGGUUUUUGUAUUUUCAUUAACUACAAAGUUCCUCAGAAAAAAAAAAAUCUGCUCACACACAAAUAUAUCUAGCUCUAAUUUGAUGUGUAAAAUAUGUGUAUGAUAAACUGUAACGGAUAGUUUGUGUUGUGGAGAUUAACCACGUCAUCUACGUGGACGAAGUUGAGGAGUGUGGUUUAAAUUGAGUCUGCCUUGACAUCAGUGCCAAACAUGGCCACAAACACACCACCUCAGUCGCAGCAAGCAGGUGACAUCGGUGCAGAAAGAGGAAAAAUCUAUUUACUUUGCUGUCUGGUACAGCUCAGGUGUUGUUCACUUAGUGUUUGCUGUUUAGUGUCCAGAUGUACGCCCGUUUAACAGAAGAAAAGCAGACAAAGCAAAGCUACAUGUUACAUUUGUUUGCUUUAAGUCUGUAUUUGCAUUAAAAAAUAAGCCAUUGUUGCCUUUUGAGGAAAAGUUGUUUCCUACACAAGAGGUUGUGUCUGAGACACUGUUGUACACUUAAGGGACAAUGCAACGCUUAGUAUUUUAUUUUGAGCAGAAAGUGAAUCAGGGUGGGUAAAAAUAAAAAAUGGCUCGCGUUUGAAGUGACGUGAUGUUGCUAGGUAUAAAAUCACUUCAUGAAGGAUUUUUUUUCUUUUCUAAUUAAUUCAGUCCUCCAAAGGUCACAGCAGCUGUUGGUCCUGCUGUCGCCCAGGCUGGAGGUUACACGUUGCUCUAAUUUAGCUCGCCAUGGUCUCUCCUUAAGGUGUCACCCAGCUGCCUUAACACAUGUUGUGAGGCUGCAGUCAACUACCUGGAUGGGUAGGUGAUCGAGACGGAGCGGUUUCCCUCAAAGUUAUCCGACCACAAAUCAAAAUGCAAUCGAUGUCAUUCCUCAAGAUGACUGCCAUUAGUCUUGUUUUUAUUUUAGGAUGGACAUCACUGCAGGUCAGGGGCCAUUCCUGACGGGCAACGACUACCAGCCACAAGCUGACUUUGAUUUCUGAGACAAUUGUGUAUAAUACAGAAUAAACUGUAUGUGUUCCUAUUUUUGUGAAGAGGAAAAAAUUCCCAGUGACCCAAGCAAAGUAAAUAAACUUUCCAACUUUGA